CUGCUUCCUUCUUUACACAACACACACAUUAACUCAAUCCUUCAAUGUCCCCAGCCUUUAAAGCGCCUUACUCCUCUCAUACUUGUGCAGACGCAGCUUCGCCAUGGUGUGAUAAUAACGAGGCCAAAACUUCAAAGGACUCAAGCAGUUCAGUCACCGCUCGCCGUCCUAUGCUAUACAAAUUUAUGGAUUCGUUAGAAAACUCCAUCUUCUUUAGUGGAGUCGGGUCCUUGAGCCACGACGUCGAGUCGAUGAAAUUAAAAUUAGCUGCAGAUAAUACCUUGGUUGCGAAAUGUGACCAGACACCACAGCAACGUAUACAUUUCAAGCAGGAACGUGAUCUUGAGACGAGUUUGUCUACUGUUGCCCCUCGAGCUGAUGACGCUUUCUCUUGGCUCAACUGGCUGACCUCAGAUGCCAAUUCUAUGGUUCUGAAGCGGUAUAGGAUCACAAUCGAGGAGUUACCAGAGCUGGAUAGACGCGAUUGUGAUGCUUCUCAUACGAACGACAGGCCGGAAAGAAAGGGUGUUAAGCAAAUAGAAACAAAGUCAGUGAUAGAACACCAGCAAGGGAAACCUUGGGUUGCCACCGCUGUAACUAAGAUGCCGCCGAGUAUGAUGAGCUGGAUAUUGAGAUAUACAAUGCAAAAUCCGUAUCAUGACAACGUGUCCACUUUUCAUUAUAGUACCGAUGCUGACCAUAAUGAAGUUUUGAACAUUCAAAGAGCUGAGACAACAGUCACCCCGCAAACUAAAGAAGAUGAUGCAUUCAAUCCAUUAGAGGAUUCCUUCAUGGGUUUCUUGGCAAUGGAUAAUAAUACUAAGCAAGGAACUAGUAACACGAGCACUGAAGCGACUGACCAAGUUGGAUCGCCACUAGAUACUGAUCAUGAACUUGUAUCUGCUGUAGCUAGUUCGACAGCUGCGAUUGUCGCAUCCACUUCAGCAUCCGCUUCCCCCUCCAUUCAGCUUUCAGCACCUGCAGCUCUUAUUAAGGAUACUGAACAGGGUGCUGAGCUGCCUCCUACAAAGCAAGAGUUGAACCACGGAGACCAGUCUCUACCGUGGUGGCAACUCCGCCGUCACUGUGAAAGAAAUCUUAACAAACGAUAUGAGCAGGAGGAGUCCAGAGCUGUGCACAUUCAAAAAAAAUGGCCACAGAGGCAUCGACCGCUGCGACAGGGUGAGUCCUUUACUCAGACGACCGUAACUCGCCCAGAUGGUACUGUCGAAUCCAGAAUGGUGAGUUAUGAUCGAGAAACUGAUAUUGUGGAGACCCGGACAAGGGUCCAGUAUUCUGAUGGCUCCAUUCAAGAAUCGGUUAUUCGUGAGGGCAGUCAAAAGCUCAGCUCGGAUUCUUCUUCUCCAGCGAGGGUCUUAUUUACAAAGCAUCAGCAGAAAGGACAGGAAGAAAGGUCUGAGGAGCAAACAGCUGAUGCAUCGCAAGGAGGGCGGCGACAACAGCCGGUCGAAAUACAUCCAUUCCGCCAGCAGCCAGACGAAGCAGUGACUUCACGAAGUUUUAGAGAGCGGAUGGCUCAGCGACAUCAGGAGCGUGCAGAGCGUCGUGCGGAACGCCACAGAGAGAGGCAGGAGCGACGACAAGAGUUGAGGGAUGUAGAAGCACGCCAACGGGAAGCUAUAGCGGCCGCUUACGGGUUCAAUACCAAUGCUAACAAUGGAAACGGUAACGACCACCACAAUGUAGGUGAUGAUAACGUAGAUUCGGCCAGCACGACAGAAGAUUCGCAUAGAGCGCACCUUCAUUUCCAUCGGCUUCAUGAUCCACAAUAUCGAAGCACAUGGCAUCAACGUCAUGAAGAUCACGAACGUGAGCGUUCGAGACUGAGACGCCAACAAGGAGAGGAGGAAGCUACGUCUACAAACAAGGAAUAUCAAAACAUUCGACAAUCCUGGCCACCUCGUGGUUAUUUGCGUAGGUUAGGAAAGGAGCAGGAGAAUGGGCAGGAGCAUGGAUCAAGGCAUAAUAUCUAGAAGAAAAAAACCUGUUAGUAUCAAACCGCUUUGAGUAUUUUGAGUUGACGCGAACCGCGGUUACAAGGUUAUAAUUCACAUGCGAGGCAUGUUGGUUAAAUUAUUUAAUACAGAGAACACAGAGAGCUAUGAAAGAGGAAAGAAAGAGAGCCCCUGUUGAUUGUCUUUAUUAUUGUGGGCGAAGGCAGUGUUUUUGAUAAUGUCAGUCCUCACUCUUACUUCCCCCCACACUUUUUAUUCAUCUAUAAGGACAUGAGACCAACUCCUUGGAUACACGAAUGUCUGAAGAGUGUUACUGUGUGCACAGAACUAUUUGCACUACUCUUUAAUUUAUAUAUAUAAAAAAAGCGCCGAAG